AUGGACGCACCGGCCCCCAGCUCAAUCGUUGAGCAAAACCAGCCCACCAGGGGCACCACACGGCUCUCGAUACUUCACGGGCCCGUCGACCCUCCUCUCGUCGACCUCACCCUUGGCGAGCUACUCGAGGUGCAAUGCCAGGCCAACGGAGAGGCAGAGUGUAUCAGCAUUCCCUGGACGGGUGCCCGUUGGUCCUACGAUGACCUCCGGCGACAGUCCAGCCUCAUCGCCCGCGCUCUCCUCGCUGAGGGCAUCCAGCAUGGCGACAGGGUGGCCAUCAUGGCUGGAAACUGCGAGCAAUACGCGGCCAUCUUCUUUGCCGUGGUGAGAAUCGGUGCCAUCCUUGUGAUCCUCAACAACACAUACACACCGUCCGAGGCCAUGUACGGAAUCGAGUUUACGGCGUGCAAAUUUCUCUUCACGACCAAGAAGAUCGGCCGGUUGAACAACGAGCCCUUACUGGCGCAGCUGGCCGCCAAGGACGAUGCGCCCAAAGUAGUAAUCCUACGCGGCGACAGCGAGGGCUACAGGACAUACGAGGAAAUGCUGCUCAAGGGGACCAGAGAGAAUCCACAAAAGAUGUACAAGCACGAGACAAAAGUGUCCCCGUAUGAUGUGUGCAACCUGCAGUUCACAAGCGGCACGACCGGCCACCCCAAGGCUGCAAUGCUCACACAUCACAAUAUCGUCAACAACUCCCGCUUCAUCGGCGACCGGAUGCGCCUGACGACUGCAGAUGUGCUGUGCUGCCCUCCUCCGCUCUUCCACUGCUUUGGCCUUGUGCUGGGCCUGCUGGCGGCCAUCACCCACGGCGCCAAGAUUGUCUACCCGGCCGAGGUGUUUGACGGCCCCGCGACAAUCCGCGCUGUCCAGGAGGAGCAGUGCACGGCGCUGCAUGGCGUGCCAGCCAUGUUCGAUACUCUCCUGUCGCUACCAGAGGCGGCUUCCCUUGAGGCGUCCAAGCUCAAGCUGCGGACAGGCAUCAUCGCGGGCGCGCCGGUGCCGCGGUACCUGAUGGAGCAGCUGGUGGCGAAGCUAGGCAUGACCGAGUUCACGUCGAGCUACGGGCUAACGGAGGCGAGUCCGACGUGCUUCAACGCCUUCACCGACGACCCGAUCCACACGAGGCUGAGCACGGUGGGCACACUGAUGCCGCACGCACAUGCCAAGAUUGUAGACCGCGACGGAAACGUACUUCCCAUCGGCGAGAGGGGCGAGCUGUGGAUGGGAGGCUAUCAGCUGCAGGCCGGGUACUGGAACAACAGCGAGAAGACGGCGGAGGUGAUGACACGGGACGAGAAUGGGAUCCUGUGGCUGCACACGGGCGACGAGGCCGUCUUUAAUGAGCAGGGAUACUGCAGCAUCACAGGGCGGUUUAAGGACAUUAUCAUCCGAGGCGGAGAGAACAUCUACCCCCUCGAAAUCGAAGAACGCCUCGUGGGCCAUCCUUCCAUCAGCCUCGCCGUCGUAGUGGGUCUCAAGGACGAGCAUUACGGCGAGGUAGUCGCCGCAUUCCUGGACGGCAAAAAGGAGGCUGGGUCGCACCUCUCCAAGACGGAGGUCCGGGACUGGGUCACUAAGAGACUGGGCAGGCACAAGGCCCCCGCUCAUGUAUUCUGGAUGGGUGAGGGCGGCGUCCCGGCCACGGUACCACUGACAGGCAGCGGCAAGGUGCGCAAGUUUGAGCUGGCCAAGGUUGGGGAGGAGCUCUUGAAGAAGCAGGCAGGAACGGCGUCCAAGUUGUAG